AUGUCUCCCAAAAUCGUAGGAUACAAGACACAUGACAUCCGCUUCCCGACGUCGCUCAGCGGAGAUGGCACGGAUGCCAUGAACACGGAUUGCGACUACUCGUCGGCAUACGUGAAGCUCUACACCGACUCUGAACUCACCGGCUUCGGUAUGACAUUCACCAUCGGGCGCGGUAACGACAUUGUGUGCAUGGCAAUCGAGGAGCUGUCCAAGCGCCUCAUUGGGAAGGACACUGAGGAGAUCUUCGGCAACAUGGGAAAGACAUGGGACCAUCUCUCUGCAGAUUCUCAGCUUCGUUGGAUCGGGCCCGAAAAGGGUGUGAUCCAUAUCGCCCUUGGUGCUGUGAACAACGCGCUCUGGGACAUGUUUGCUCGCGCGCGCGGAAAGCCUCUGUGGAAGCUAGUGGUUGAUAUGACCCCGCAAGAGAUCGUGGACGCGACCGCAUUCCGUUACAUCACGGAUGCGCUCACGCGCGAAGAGGCGCUUGCGAUGCUCACGGAGAAGGCUUCAACACGUGCGGAGCGCGAAGCUAAAGUGCGCGAGCUCGGCUACCCCGCAUACGUCACUUCCGCCGGCUGGCUUGGCUACAGCGACGAGAAGGUCGCGCGCCUCACGCGCGAAGCGGUCGAGGCCGGCUUUAACCACUUCAAGAUGAAGGUCGGCGCCGACCGGGACCACGACCUGCGCCGAGGCAAGAUCAUCCGGUCAAUCAUUGACGACCCGCAGUACCUCCCCGCGGGGACGGAGCCCCGCGACCCGAACGGUCCCGGCCUCGUUGGCAAGAAUGCGGGCCCCACCGGCAGCGUCCUCAUGAUUGACGCGAACCAGGUGUGGGACGUCCCUCAGGCGAUCGAGUUCAUUGAGGAGCCCACUGCGCCGGAUGAUGUCCUCGGCCAUGCUGCUGUCCGGAAGGCUCUCAAGCCGUACGGCAUCGGCGUCGCAACUGGCGAGCAUGCCCACAACCGCAUGAUCUUCAAGCAGUUGCUUCAGGCGGAAGCCAUCGAUGUCUGCCAGAUCGACUCGUGCCGUCUGGCCGGUGUUAGCGAAGUGCUGAGUGUUCUUCUCAUGGCGGCCAAGUUCGGAGUUACCGUCUGCCCCCACGCCGGUGGAGUGGGUCUCUGCGAGUAUGUCAUCCAUCUCAGUCUGAUCGACUACAUCGCCGUCUCAGGAUCGAUGGAGCGAAAUGUCCUGGAGUUCGUCGACCAUCUGCACGAGCACUUCCUGUACCCGUGUUCGAUCAACAAGAAUGGGAGGUACAACGUGCCCAGCAACGACAAGGAGGGUUACAGCAUCGAGAUGCACGAGACGAGCAUCGACGAGUACGAGUGGCCCAACGGCUCGUACUGGAAGGGCCGCGCUGCGCAAGGCGCGUAA